CUUUUUUCUUGAAGAAGAAGAAGAGAAAAUCAAACUUUCAUUUUUCUGAUCGCUGUGUUUCCUCCAAUCUUCCAUCUUCAGAUUUCGAAUUCCCCAGGAAAUGGAUUUCGAGCUUAGAUCAGCGAAAGAGAAGCUUGAAAGAGAGCAGAGAGAGAGGAAACAAAGAGCGAAACUAAAGCUCGAACGAGAGAAGAAAGCCAAGGAUGCUGCGAUUAAGCAACGCGAAGCCAUUGAAGCUUCUCAAAGAGCUAGAAGGCUUGACGCCAUUGAAGCCCAGAUUAAGGCUGAUCAACAUAUGCAAGAGAGUUUAGUUUCUGGAGAUGGGAUAGUGUUUGAACGAGUUUUCCAAGCUCUUUCUUUUCAAGGAAUUGGAGAUAAGAUUAAACUGCCACCAUCGUGUUUUACGGAGUUGUCUGAUCAAGGAGCUUUUGAUAAAGGUCCUUUGUAUUUUGAGCUCUCUGUAGUUGGCCAGGGAGAUAAUAAAAAGACAACACACUCUGGUGUUCUUGAGUUUACUGCUGAAGAUGGUACUGUUGGGCUUCCUCCACAUGUUUGGAGCAACUUGUUUUCAGCACAUGAUCCAAUGGAUGUUCCUUUGGUUGAAAUUCGUUAUAUCCGGUUGCCUAAAGGAAGUUACGCAAAGCUUCAACCGGAUAACCUUGGCUUCUCGGAUUUGCCCAACCAUAAAGCUAUCCUCGAAACUAUUCUUCGCCAACAUGCUACACUUUCUCUAGAUGAUGUUCUCUCGGUAAAUUAUGGGCAGGUCUCUUACAAGCUACAGGUUCUCGAGUUAAGACCUGCCUCGAGCAUUUCGGUUCUGGAGACUGACAUUGAGGUUGAUAUAGUUAGUCCAGAUAUAGUUUCAGAUCAGCCAAAUCAGCAUGUGCUAAAGCCGCUUCAAAUUGGGAAAUCUGAAUCCGGAACAGUUGAGGAAGGGCAGUAUGAUUACUAUAAAUUUGCAGUUGACGAGGCUACUGUAGAAAAUGUAUUGGCAGGAAACAUCAAAGUUAUUGUAAAGAUAGAUGUGGAGAAAGACGGAGCGGAUACUGAUCUCUAUGUAUCAAAGCACCCGGUUCUAUUCCCAUCUCUUCAUCAGCACGAGUGGUCUUCACACGAUGUGGGUUCAAAGACCUUGAUCUUGGGAUCAAAGGAGAGGGCUUUGAGCUCAGGGACCUACAGUAUAGGUGUAUACGGCUUCAAAGGAACAGUCAAGUACCAGGUCUCAGUACUGGUCCAAGAAAGCAGCGAUGGAGCUAAGGUUGGGGAACGGGCUAUAUCAUCUUCGUCAGAUGUUGAUACAGUAGAGUGCAGGAACUGUAAGCAUAUGAUUCCAAGUAGGAGUAUCGCGUUGCACGAGGUGUACUGUAGCAGACACAACGUUGUUUGUAAUCAUCAAGGAUGUGGAAUCGUUCUCAGAGUUGAGGAGGCCAAAAACCAUUUGCACUGUGAAAAAUGCGGGAAAGCAUUGCAGCCCACAGAGAUGGAGAAACAUUUAAAAGUCUUCCAUGAACCACUCACUUGUGGCUGCGGAAUAGUACUCGAGAAAGAACAGAUGGUUCAACAUCAAGGGAGAGAUUGUCCUCUUCGCCUAAUCGCGUGUAGGUUCUGUGGAGAUAUGGUUGAAGCGGGUAACUCUGCAGCGGAUACUAGAGACAGGAUGAGAGGAAUGUCUGAACACGAGAGUACUUGUGGUUCAAGAACUGCACCAUGCGACUCGUGUGGUCGAUCUGUGAUGCUUAAAGAUAUGGACAUUCACCAGAUUGCUGUUCAUGGUAAGAGUAGCUAAUUUCCACCAUUGUUAUUGAAAACUGAUUGGAAAGUGUCAAAUGUUUGAACAGAGAAGAAGCAUUAAACCCAUUUGUAUUAUUUAUGACACAACUUGAUUCUUAAAGUCACAAUCCGAAAUAUUUUCUUUCA